CCCAGCCGCAGAAGCAGCCCCGACGCCCCCUCCCUCCGGCCCCCUCGGGUCGCUGCCAGCCUCUCGCGAUAAGAGGGUAGACGGAUGUUUGCCAUGUGUCAACCAGAAGUACCUCACAACCCACUUUUCCAUGAGGCAAACUCACAACUGGACACAGCCUACCUUGGUGCGAGGGAUGGUCAACCAGACAAGAACCUCAACUUCAUAGGCAAGGAAGCUUGUGACAGCAAUGAGAACUGGAACCAAACCACGCCGGGGAUUCCAGCUCCAGGGGGACUGGAGACGCUUGAGAGUAAUGCUCUUCAGGCACCAGAUAAUCAAACAUUACUUCUACACAAGCAGAAUGCAAAGAGCAGGCCUAGAGAUGUCCCCAAGGGCCUGAACUCAGAUGGCGUGUCUCUUGCUUCUGAGGAGGAGGAAGACAUCCGCAGGCCACCGGAGGGAGCUGAGGUGAAUGGCUUGGAGCAGGAGAAGACUACCACAGAGGAAAGGAUAAAGCUGAAUGGGAAGGUGGCUGGCUCCCCUUUAGAGGACAAUGGUUAUGCCAGCAGUUCCCUCAGCAUUGACAGCCCUGACAGUGGAGGCGCCAGUGCUUGGGAUGUGCCCGUUGUUGCCACUGAAAACUGGAGAGGUCAUUCGGAGUCCAAGCUGCCUGAUGCUGACCCUGGAAAGGCCUCCCCGAUUCCUGAGACCUUCUUCCCAGCCCUGGCCGAGGCCUUUCAGAACCUUCAGGACAAGAAGAAGUUCAAGGAGCGGGAGAAAGAGAAGCACCACGUCCACUUGGUCAUGUACCGCCGCUUGGCCUUGCUGCGCUGGAUCCGCAGCCUCCAGCAGAAGGUCGUUGACCAACAAAACCGGCUGCAGGAGAGCUUUGACACCAUCCUGGACAACCGUAAAGAGCUUAUUCGAUGUGUCCAGCAAGGUGUGGUGUGUGCCAAGAACCCAGCACCAGCUGAGUCAUGAAGGACGC